AUACCAGGGGCAGUGGACCGGAGGGAUGCGACAUGGAUACGGUGUACGUCAGAGUGUUCCCUAUGGCAUGGCAACUGUGAUCCGUUCACCCCUCCGAACAUCUCUAGCUUCCCUUCGAAGUGAGCAGAGCAACGGCACUGUUCUGCAUGACAUCACGUCAGACAGUCCGGCUGGAACAAGAGGAGGUUUUGUGCUCAAUUUUCACAGUGAUGCAGAAGCCAUGGGCAUUAAGAAAAAAGGAGGCUUAUUCCGAAGAGGAUCCCUUCUUGGUAGUAUAAAACUUAGGAAAUCAGAAUCUAGGUCAUCGAUAUCUAGCAAACGGAGCUCCGUCCGGAGCGAUGCUGCUAUGAGCAGGAUUAGUUCUAGCGACGCCAACUCUACAAUUAGUUUUGGAGACACUGACUGUGAUUGUAGCUCUAUGGAAGACCAUGUUGAUGCCACCACUACAGAAGCCUAUAUGGGUGAAUGGAAGAAUGACAAGCGCAGUGGUUUUGGUAUCAGUGAACGUUCAAAUGGUAUGAAAUAUGAAGGAGAAUGGCUGAACAACAGGAGGCAUGGAUAUGGAUGUACCAUGUUUCCAGAUGGCACCAAAGAAGAGGGAAAGUAUAAAAAUAAUGUUUUGGUCCGUGGAAUAAGAAAACAACUUAUACCAAUACGAAACACAAAAACUAGAGAAAAGGUGGAUAGAGCAAUAGAGGGUGCACAGCGAGCAGCUGCUAUGGCAAGAACCAAAGUAGAAAUUGCAACUUCAAGAACUGCACAUGCAAGAGCUAAAGCUGAUGCUGCGGAUCAGGCUGCUCAGGCUGCUCGCCAGGAAUGUGAUAUUGCAAGAGCAGUUGCCAGAGAACUUUCACCAAAUUUCUACCAACCAGGCCCUGAUUAUAUCAAACAAAAAUUUCAAGAAGGAAUGGAUGUGAAAGACAAAUCUGAUGAAAAAGUUCAGGAAAAGCCACCUACCCCAAAAGAGUCACCUCACUUUUAUCGGAAAGGUACUACACCCCCUCAAACCCCAGAAGCAAGUCCAAGGCAUAGUCCUUCUGUUUCUCCUGAGGCUUCUCCUUCAAAACAACCGAAAAAGCAAAGCUCCAGUUCCGGGGCAAGACUCAGUCAAGACAAAAAGCUUUUAGCCAUUGAGAAUAUAACACCCACAACUAACAAGCCUUUAUAUGCAAAAGCACCAGUGAAGGAGGAAGUAGCUGUGAAACACCAGCCAAAGUUUUCAGCCCAGCACAAUCCCACCAGCACAGAGAAUGGGGAGCUGCAUGGUCACUACCACGGCUAUUAUGUAAAAUCAAAUCCAACAGCACUUCCACAUGAGCUCAGGGAAGAAGAUGAAUAUGGCAACCCAUCACCAUCAACACUUGCACGGAUACCACCCUCUCAGAAGCCAAGUCCUGCUAGAUCUGGGGGUAAGCCAGAUGCCAAAGAAAACAAACCUGACACAAAAAUUAAGAGAUCAGAAUUUGCUGCACCAAAGAAUCCAGCUAAUAAUGAGUCACAUUCAGCGGUGGAAAAAGCAGUAGGAAACAGCUCGGGCCCUAACUCAGUCAUGAUCGCCCUGGUAAUGCUGUUGAAUAUUGGUUUAGCCAUUCUUUUUGUCCAUUUUCUAACUUGAUUGGAAUUAGGAAAGAAGUAUGUUGAGAAUCCUGUGUUUUGACCAGUGUGGAUAAAGAAGAAAGCAGAAAGAGAGCAAAUGAAAAUAAAACUUGUAUAUUUAUUUUUUAAAAACAAACAGACAAAAAAGUUUAAAUUGUGUUUUAAAUUUAGGAAAGUAAUUUUUAAAUAAGAACAAAACCUUAAAAGUUACUCUGUAAGCCUUGACUCAAUGGAUGAAAUGUUCCAUCCCACAGUGAAAUCACCCCCCGUCUCCUUAAAUGGGAGAGGUAAUUUUGUAACUGACAUAUUUAAUUCCUAUUAAAUGUUUAUUUAAAAUACUUUAUGCUCUGGAAAUAAUGGGUAACAAAGCUUAUGAAAAAUGUUUAUAAAUUUAAGUAAGCAUGUUAGUACCAUUUAUAAAUAUGUAUGAUUUAUAAGCUUUUUUAAAACAAAGCUCAAACAAAUUGUUGGUAUUUUUCUAAAAUGUGCACAGCUGUAUUUUACAUGAAAGGCUAUUUAUAAUUGGUUGUUAUACUGUACACUACAUUUUGGACAGCACAGCGAAGCCUGCCAAUGUACUUAAUAAUGUCAUUUUGUCUAUUUAAAGUUUCUUGCUGUCAAAGAAUGAACUCUUUAUCUAUGAGUUUCUCUAUUUAUAAUUCUUGACCCAAAAUGUACAAUGUACAGUUUUCAUAACUGUAUUUGCUCAAAUAAAAUUAAGUUGGU